UUGUUGAAACGCUUUCCCAGCGAAAUCGUUCAAUUUCAGACGUCCCAUGGCGACAUCCUCCAGCCUCGUAUUCCUGCUUCUCGCUCUCUCCCUCGUCCUCGGCGGACCAGUGAUUACCGGCAGCGUGAACGUGUACAUAAUCUACUAUGGCGACUGGCCGGCGGGAUCGGGGCAGAAUGUGAUUGAGAACUUUAUCCGCUCGCUGAACGCGGGCUCGACGGGGCAGGGAAAGCCGUCGGAGCCCAAGGUGAAGCGCUGGUGGGCGAUCAGCGCGGCGUACUACCAGCAGAAGAACGGCAGAAAGGCGAAAGUCAGCAGCACGGUGCGACUAGCGGGGACUGUCUACGACGACUACUCGGCCGGCCAGGAAUUUGGCAACAAUACGGUGUGGGAAGUUAUUUCAAGCAAGAUUGGCGAAGGAAAUGCGUUUUCGUACGACCCGCAUGGAAUCUACUUGCUGCUUACGAGCCCGGAUGUUACAGUUCCCGAUUACUGCAAAGUGUACUGCGGGUAUCACACCAUGGACUAUAUCGGAUCAAACGCGGUCAUAUAUUCGUUAGUGGGUCACCACGGGCAGUGCCCGGAUGGUUGCGGGGCUCAGAACACGUCGCCCAAUGGGAACCCUGCGAUCGAUGCGACGGUUUCCACCAUCGCCCACGAAAUCGCAGAGGCAGCAAGCGACCCUGACGCAAGGUCAGGCUGGUACGAUGGCAACGGGGAAGAGAACGCAGACAAGUGCUCGUACAAUGCUGGACCGACGAAAACGGGUCGCGACAACAGUGGUAACGAGUACCUGUACAAUCUCGUGGGGAUGAAGGGCAUGCGGUUUCUGAUCCAGCAGAACUGGGACCGGCAGAAGAACAAGUGCGCGACUCAGAGGAAAUACGGCUGGGGGGGGUUCUUUUAGUGAGUGUGAGACGAAAGGUAUUGGCGACGUUUAGUGAGGCCGAAGCAGUCGACUUGAGCUGCGGUAGAGCAGAGCGAAGCUACUCAUGGGAAUAAGCGGUGCUGCGGUUGGCGAAGGCGGGAAGGCCGAACUGAGGUGACAGUCCAGCACCGGAGCUGAGGGAAUAGAAAUGUUCCUAAAAC